AUGACAGAUCUGAAGCCCCCCAUUUCCUUUCCCAUCUUUUCAGGGAAUCAAAUCCACUCUGCCGCUGUAUGUUUUAUUGUCGGUAUCUCGCUCUUGGCGGUCUUUCUUGGAAGGCCACAGCGUAGGUUGUCGCUGCCAGUGGUUGGAAAUAAGACAGACAAGGACUUCAUAGCAGCACUUGGUGAGGGCAGAAGAUUGUAUCCUGAUAAAGCUUUUGCACUCCCCUCGGAACCGCCGAUCGUAAUUCUGCCACACAGACUUAUCAAUAAGCUGAAAUCAGCAUCUGAGUCACAGCUAUCAGCAGAAAAAGAAGUAUGCCGCCGUGGACUGGGACAAUACACAGAUUUGGGAACUCCCAUGCCGGAGAUGUUCCAUGCCAUCAAGAUCGAUCUCACACGUCACAUACGCAACUUGGUCCCCAUUUUGCAAAAUUCAGUUGCAAAUGCAUUUGAGGAGAUUCUGAAUAUCGAUAAUAAAGAUGAAUGGACUGAAGUCACGGCCUUUGUCUUUAUUAAGCGCGUCGUGACAAUCUUGAAUGCGACUGCAUUUGUUGGAAGCAGCCUUGCGACGAAUGUUGAAUGGCAACAGAUUGCAUACGAUUAUUCGUAUGAUUUGAGAAGAGCAUUUGACGCGCUCAAUAGCUGGCACCCUUGGCUUCGUCCAAUUGUCCAUCCUUUUAUAUUCCAUCGAAUUGGCUUUUCGGCCAGGCGGAGGCGAGUAGCUGAACUACUUGAAACGAUCAUACGUGAUAACAGUGCAGGAGUAGAUGAUGGUCAUACGUUGUUGGCUUUCAUACGAAAGCGCCUUGGCAAUCGCAAAUGUAACGAUAAGAAAUUGCUCGCCAGGAUGCAACUUCGUGCUGCUCUCGCCGGCUCAGACACAGUUGCCCAGGCUUUGACGAAUGCUCUCUUCGACAUAGCAUCAAUUCCAACAUAUCUUGACAUAUUGCGCGACGAAAUAUCGUCCUUGGCAUCAAAUGCACCCCAAGGCGAAUGGAACAUGGAGAUGCUACGGAAUAUGACUAAGUUGGAUAGCCUACUUCGCGAAUCUGCAAGAGUCUAUGCCCCAUUUCUAGUUGCUAUGGGCCGCAUGACCACGUCAGAUCUGGAGCUCGAUGAUGAGACUGUCAUUCCUAAGGGCACUACAGUAUAUUUCGACAUGUAUCACGCCCAUAGAUCAUCAGAUGUGCAGCACAACACGGACACAGCCAAAUUCGAUGGAUUUCGUUUUAGCAAAUUGCGAGAAGAACAAAACUUACCCAACAAAUACUUAGCGGCAACUACAGGCCCUGAUAACUUGCCUUUUGGACAUGGUGCUCACUCAUGCCCUGGCCGCUUCUUUGCCAUAGCUGAGAUGAAAGUCGUACUAGCUCAUUUGCUCCUAAACUACGACAUGAAGCUGAGUGAUGGACAAAGACCUUUGACAGCAACUUGGGGCAUUGCGGUGGUCAUUGAUAGAAAUGCCAAAAUAAUGAUUAGGAAAAGACAAAUAGCAACUUAG